GUAUCAUUCUUGGACAUACCUGACCUUGCUUCUUUGGCCAAAGUCUGCGUGCUCUUUGCGCGCCUUACAACGGAUCCUGUGCUUCACCGCACGAGAAUUCGUGUUGUCGCACCAUCUCGGGUUGCCCACUCUCUCUUUGCAAAGUCUCCCAUUGGUGUACCGUUCCGACCAACUGUCGGCGACCUUGUUCAAAGGAACGUCCUGCGUGGUUUACAGAUUGAGAGGAGGUGGCGAAUGGGCGUGUACUUCUAUUCACCCCACUCCGUCAAGCAGUAUGAGAGCGGCCUUCGCCUGCAGCGCCGGCAUACAAAGUACAUCAUUGCAGCCCACUUGCGAGGUCGUGGGUUCGGCCUCAAUCCGUUGCAGAAGCUGCACCAAUCCCACGUCUAUCCCGACGUCGAGUCAUCCUCGCCGUACAUCUCGCGCACGCUGCUUCCUGUCAUGCGCCAGCUGAAGUGGUCGAUUCAGCGCGACAAGAUGGCGAAGAUCGUACGCGAGAGCGCUGUCCCGCUCGCAUAUGGUGGUCCAUCAUCGCUUGGUAAGUGGAUAGAACGUCAAGGCCCUGGCAUCGUACCGGAGAGUGAACGCGUGAGACUGGCGCUGUGCCCAGACGUGAGGAAGGUUAUUGCGCAUUAUGAGUCGCUUGGACUGAAGCAAUGA